GUAGGUGCCCUUUCCACUCGUUUGCCAUCCGAAACCUUGUGGAAAUGUUGCGGACCGGAGAGGAUGUCGAAUGUGUAUCCGAUCGGUGAGCGGGGGGUGACGCGGCCCGCGGCCCGCGCCAGUCGCUAGCUAGCCGGCCGGCCGGCCGUGCUGCAGCAGCAUCGUGCGGGAAAAGAAAGCGAGAGAAAGGAAGAGGAGGGGGCCGCCGCCGCCGCCGCCAUUAUCGGAAAGCUUUCCCAGCCGCCAUCUGCUCGCGAAGGGCCGCUGGACGACUGCAACCACUCGGCCCGUUUUGGGACGUGACUUCCAAAGGGGAUGAAUGUCUUCACAGAUCAUUGCGCUGCUUCUUAAAUCGGAACGCUGGAAGAGGCCUGAAAGUUGAGCCCUUGGCCAACUUUACGGACAAAUCUCCGAGCGAACCUUUUCCGCGGUGCCCGUUUGUGGCGGGAUGAUCGUCGGUAGAUCAUGAUGGCGAAAAAGCAAGAUGUCCGGUCCCCCGUUUACAAUCUCAUUGGGGUGGGUUUGUCGGGCACAGAGAAAGAGAAAGGUCAGUGCGGGGUCGGAAAGUCCUGCCUGUGCAAUCGGUACGUGAGGCCGAGCGCCGACGACUUCUACUUGGACCACACGUCGGUGUUGAGCACCAGUGACUUCGGGGGUCGAGUGGUUAACAAUGACCACUUUCUCUUUUGGGGGGAAGUGUCGCGGCUUCUGGAGGAAGGGCCCGAGUGCAGGAUGAAUGUCGUGGAGCAAACGGAAUUCAUCGAUGACCAGACCUUUCAGCCGCAUCGUAGCACCGCUAUGCAGCCCUACAUCAAACGGGCGGCCGCGACCAAGCUGGCGUCGGCAGAGAAGCUCAUGUAUUUCUGCACGGAUCAGCUGGGCCUCGAGCAAGACUUUGAGCAAAAACAGAUGCCCGAGGGCAAGCUGCAGGUCGACGGCUUCCUGCUCUGCGUCGACGUCAGCCGGGGCAUGAACCGCAACUUCGACGACCAGCUGAAAUUCGUCACAAACCUCUACGGUCAGCUCAGCAAGACUAAGAAGCCCAUCGUGUUAGUCCUCACGAAGUGUGACGAAGGAGUUGAACGCUAUAUCAAAGAUGCGCAUACCUUCGCUAUCACCAAAAAGAGUCUGCCCGUCGUCGAGACAUCUGCCCGUUCAAAUAUAAACGUGGACCUCGCCUUCCUCACUUUGGUUCAGCUUAUUGAUAAAAGCAGAGGCAAGCCCAAGAUCAUCCCCUAUUUUGAAGCGCUAAAGCUCCAGAGUCAGCAGAUAGCUUCCGCCAAGGAUCGCUACGAAUGGUUAAUCAACCGCAUCGUGAAGAAUCAUAACGAAAGCUGGCUGAACACCAGUCGACGCAUGAACGCGUCCCCGGAAUACAAAGAAUACGUUUUCUUGGAGGGAACGGCGAAAUGCAAGAAGCUCUUCCAACAGCACGUUUACCGUCUGAAGCAGGAACAUAUUGAGCGUCGUCGUAAAAUCUACCUAAGCACGCUUCCUCUCGCGCUUAGUUCUUUGGUGCCCGACCUGGAUGAAAUAGAUCAACUCAGCUGGUCUGGUGUGCAGAAGGUCCUCGAGUCCAAGCAGCACUUUGCCCACUGGUUUGUUGUUCUGGAGGACUCUCCUUGGGAGGACACAUCUCACAUUGACAACAUGGAGGACGAGCGGAUCCCGUCAGACCUUCUGGAGACGGAUGAAGCGGGGGACUUGUUUAAUGCCCACCUGGACCAUUUACGUAACGAGUGCAGACGUGCGGAGAUGAGGCUUGACUUUAAGCACAAGCUUUCUUCUUCUCCCUUCGUCACACCGGGUAGACCUUGGGAAGAGGCUCGUAGCUUCAUCAUGAACGAAGAGUUCUACCAGUGGCUCGAGGAGCCGGAGUACCUCGACCUUUACAACCGUCAUCAAAAGGAGCUCAUCGACCGCGCUAAAGAAGACUUCCAGGAGCUGUUGCUGGAGUAUUCUGAGCUUUUUUAUGAACUCGAAGUGGAUGCCAAGCCAAGUAAGGAAAAAAUGGGGGCAAUUCAGGACGUGCUGGUGGAGGAGCAGAGGUUCAAGGCGCUGCAAAAGCUUCCAGCUGAAAGAGACGCUCUCGUGUUGAAACAUAUCCACUUCGUAUAUCACCCUACUAAGGAGACCUGCCCGAGCAGUCCACACUGCGGCGACUCAAAGAUUGAACAGCUCCUGGCAUCCCGUUUCCCGACGUCUUAUCCUUUUUUCGACGCGAAAGCUCAUUUCGGCGACACAAAGGCCGACAGAAUCAAUCUCGUCAUACUGGGGAAGGACGGACUGGCCAGAGAAUUUGCCAAUGAGAUUCGGGCUCUCUGCACAAAUGACGACUGGUAUGUGUUGGACGGGAAGAUGUAUGAGCUGACGCUGCGGCCCAUCGAGGGAAACGUGCGUCUCCCUGUCAAUUCUUUCCACACGCCGACGUUCGCCCCUCACGGAUGUCUGUGUCUGUAUAAUUCAAAGGAAUCCCUCUCCUAUGUGAUCGAAAGCCUCGAGCGCCUUAGGGAGUCGACGCUCGGUCGGAGGGACGGCCAGCUAGCGCAGCUGCCGACGUCGCUGCUCUUGGUCACCAAACGAGGCGUCGGCUCAUAUGUGGACGUUGGUGGGGAAACCGCCUUAAACCUGAUAGCACAGGGACAGCAAGUGGCAAGGAGGCUGCAGUGUAGCUUCUUAGAUCCCGCCUCUCCCGGCGUCGGCUACGGCCACAAUGUCAGCGAGUCGCAAAUCAACCAGGUGCUGAGGGGCCUUCUGGAUAUCCGGAGGAGCGCGUCCUUCAGUAGCAGCUCCCCCCCGCUCCUCCCCGAGGCCCCGGGCCUGAGAGAGUCUCCCCAUCAGCCGGUCCCAGAGGCAGAUCUUCGCAUCGUCAUGUGCUUCAUGUGCGGGGACUCCUACGACAUUGAGCAGCUGCUGUCGCCCUUCCUCAUGCAUCAGCACUGCAGGCCCAUGUCGAACAGCGGCGCUUCUGUAUUGCUCGAGCAGACCGUCGCCGGGCAUAAGCUCGCCAUUGAGCUGUCCGUUCUCUCGUAUCACGCCUCCUUCUCUUUACGGAAGAGCAGGCCGGUGCACGGCUACUUUGCGGUGUACUCCGUCUCCCGAAAAGCAUCCCUCGAGACGCUGUGCGCGUUCUUGUGUGAGGUUCAGGAUAUCAUCCCGGUGCAGCUUUUGGCAGUAGGAGGUAGCCAAGCCGAGCUGACGGAGAGCAACUACGCCCGGGAGCAGCAGAUCCAAGGAGAGGAGCUCGCCCGCGAGAUCGAAGGCCGUUUCAAUAGUGUGGUUUGCGGAUCUGGGGGCGUAGCGGGAGGCCUGCACAGGAUAGAGAUGUUCCAUCCCUUUCUCAUGGAGGUGGCGGAGAAACGCAACAUUGUGGAAGCCACGCACAUGUACGAUAAUGUUGCCGAAGCGUGCACCAAUGAAAACGUGUACUCCCCGCGCUGCGGUUCUCCCAGCCCGGUCACCGCGUUCCUGGAUUCAGAGGACGACGUCGAGCCUUCGCCUCCAUACUAUGACGGCGCUCUGGCAUCUCACCACGGGGGCUUCAACCCGCCCGACUCGGACUCCAGUGACAUCUCCCUUAUCUCUGAUAUUCGAGACCUCGAGAGCAAGCUCAACAACAAGGUGCCCCCCCACGUAAGAAUCAAACCCGGCGUCACUUUCGACUUUCGAAAGGUCAGCCGAAACCCGUACGCGGACACGGCGGGUCACCGGCGCUCGCUGCCGUCUGCCGUUACCUGGGUACCCGGGGGCGACGCGGGGUACGACCCCUCGGAUUACGCAGAACCGUUGGAUGCCGUGUGCAAGCCCCGCCCCAGUAAUGACGAAAUAAUCUACUCGGUGCCGCACGACAGCACGCAAGGAAAGAUCAUCACCAUCCGCAACUCCAAUAGGAUGCACUCCAAUGGCAACGGCUCCGACAGCGAAGCGGACAGCGGCUCUCUGGAGCGGAGGAGGAAAUUCUCGGCGGCGGGCGUGAAGCCUCGUCUGUACCGCGAUCGCUCCAAGCGGCUCGGCAAGUUCAGCAGCUUCCGCACCAGCUUCAUAGGCAGCGACGACGAGAUGGGAGCCCUCCCGAAGUCCAAGGAAGACGACUACGGGACGCUGAAAGGUGAAAGUCUGGUUAAUGAAGAGAAUGAGGACCCCAAAAAGAGGAACAUUCUGAAGAGUCUGCGACGAACGGCCAAGAAAUCAAGACCCAAGCCCCGCCCGGCGAUCCCCAAACCCAUGGAGAGCAGCUACUUUGGGGUCCCCUUAGUCAAUGUGGUGUCGCCAGAGAGACCGAUUCCGCUCUUCAUUGAGAAGUGUGUUCGCUUCAUUGAGACCACGGGUCUGAACACAGAAGGUUUGUACCGCGUAAGUGGGAACAAGUCCGAGAUGGAAAGCAUGCAGCGGCAGUUCGAACAGGACCACGGAUUAGACCUGGUGGAGAAAGACUUCUCCAUAAACACUGUGGCCGGCGCCCUAAAGAGCUUCUUCUCCGAGCUGCCUGAGCCCCUGGUGCCUUGUGCUCUGCAGGUGGACCUACUGGACGCUUUCAGAAUCCCUGACAGAGAACAGCGGCUGUACAUCAUGAAGGAUGUCCUGAGGAGAUUCCCCAGGGAGAAUUAUGAUGCCUUCAAAUACGUCGUGAGCCACUUACACAAGGUGAGCCAGCUGAGCAGGCUGAACCUGAUGACCAGCGAGAACUUGUCCAUCUGCUUCUGGCCCACGCUCAUGCGACCCGACUUCACCACCAUGGACGCCCUGACGGCCACGCGCACCUACCAGACAAUCAUCGAGAUCUUCAUCCACCAGUGUGCAUUCUUCUUCUACAACCAGCCGCUCAUCGACUCCCCCACGGGGCCGGGGGGGCUCCCCGCUUCGCCCACCGCCACCUUCGGCGGGAGCUCGGCCUACUCCUGUUACCGCUCGUCUCCUCCGCACUCGGGCGCGCACUUCAGCCCCCUGCAGCAGCAGUCGCCGCCCACCACCCCCCAGUCCCCUCUGCAGUCCCUGCUGCCCCCCUUGCACCAGCAUGCCCACCCUCACCCCCACCCCACCCCCACCACUCCCCCGCCGAACAGGAGACACUGUGAGGCCACGAAAGCCGCGUGCGCCCAGGAUGCCCCCCGGAAUCUUGACGGCAACACGAACGUGACAACUUGAUGACGGAAAGGGGGCGGGGCGAGGCCCCCGACCUCACGCCGGUCUGUUUGAGGGUCACCCGGGUUCAGACCUCAUCGACGGGACAUUUGUGGCCGCUGUGUUUUUAAUCUGUUAUUUGUCCUCAUGAAAGUACUGCCACUGGAUUUGUCGUCUGGCCCUCUAGGUCCUUUGGGGUGGAAGUUUGCGCCCUCUAGUGGACGCCUUGGCAAGCUCAUUUCAGUGGCGUGGAGAGGGUAAGGGGGUGGGGCUUACACAUCCAGGGAUGCACUUUAAUGUUCAAUUGUUGUUUUUGUUUUGGGACAUACUGUGCGUGUUUAAGUUUGACAGCUCAGCCAUACCCAUUGCCUCUACAGAACAGAGCUCUGGCCGAUCAAACUUUGUUUACAUGAAAUUAUUAUUUUUUAAUACCCGCAUACUUCUCUGAAGCACUUUUUGAUAGUGUAGCGUUACAUUUGAGUUGUCCAUAUUGCUUGUUUAGUGGUUGAGUCUGGCAUUCUUGUGGAAACAAGAUCCUCUAAUGUAAAAACUUUCAUUGGGUCGAUUAUUCCGGGGCGACUCCUGUUCCUCACUCAUCCGGCCUCGCGGAAUAUAGUUUUAGACUUUGUCCUCUUUCUAGCCGUCGGUCGAGCCGAAGGGAUGUUUCGGGUUUGAGUGUUAACGUGAAGAAUUGCAGCCAUAUUUGAUCAGCGCACUUGAAACGUAACAAGAAGCCAAUCAUGUCAAAUAGUCCCUCCGCUUUCCACACGUACUGCAAAUCACGCUUGAACAAUACGGUAGAAAGGAUCUGUGGAAGGCACCGCCGCGUGUGAACUAUUUUUAGCAUAUCGUCCAUUCUUAAUGAAGAUCUGAAUGUUGUUUUUUUUUUAACCCUUAAAAUUUACAAGACAAAGCUGUGUGUUUCCUACGGGGACAAGUGUGUUCAAUCACUGGAUGUAUUUUUUUUUUCGGACCGCCUUUUACUGGUCUUAGUAAGUACCACAAUGCUGUUUAAAGUCAUUUGAAACGAGUCGCUCCUACCAGUCCAUCGUAAAAUAUACUGUAAACACACAACCGCGACUGUGUAACCGUUGGUAGGCUGGGGAAGGACACCGCUCAUGUCAGUGGUAGGAAACAUUUCUUGUGUAUUUCCAUGAUUGAAAGUCCAUUUGGACCGUUUUUUGUUUUUGUUUUGUUUUGUGAAGGGUUCAAGGCCACUUAGUGCAUGAUUUAAAACACACGCACCACGGGGGGAUGAAAGCCUCUCCCUGUUUUGAAAAUAUGAAUUUAGUCCAAGGACAGAACAAAUGCUUCAAAAGAAAUAUCUUCCGUACUGCGCACCAAGAGAAAACCAUCAAAUUGUCUGACUGAGCAAAUAGUGUUUGAAGAUGAAGGCCUUAUGUGAACUGUAUGAUAGUUAAUAAAUUAAAUCUU